GGUUCGAGCCCUGGGUCUGGGUGUCUCUCUCUCUCUCUGGGUUCAUAAUGUGCCGUGUGGGAGGCUCUGAUGCAGUACUCCUCAGAGCCUGGGUUCGAGCCCUGGGUCUGGGUGUCUCUCUCUCUAGGUUCAUAAUGUGCCGUGUCAGAGACACUGAGAGUCUGGGUUCGAGCCCUGGGUCUGGGUGUCUCUCUCUGGGUUCAUAAUGUGCCGUGUGGGAGGCUCUGAUGCAGGACUGCCCAGAGCCUGGGUUCGAGCCCUGGGUCUGGGUGUCUCUCUCUCAAUGGGUUCAUAAUGUGCUGUGUAAGAGACACUGAGAGCCUGGGUUCGAGCCCUGGGUCUGGGUGUCUCUCUCUGGGUUCAUAAUGUGCCGUGUGGGAGGCUCUGAUGCAGUACUGCCCAGAGCCUGGGUUCGAGCCCUCGGUCUGGGUGUCUCUCUCUCUGGGUUCAUAAUGUGACGUGUGGGAGGCUCUGAUGCAGUACUGCCCAGAGCCUGGGUUCGAGCCCUGGGUCUGGGUGUCUCUCUCUCUCAAUGUGUUCAUAAUGUGCUGUGUAAGAGACACUGAGAGCCUGGGUUCGAGCCCUGGGUCUGGGUGUCUCUCUCUCUGGGUUCAUAAUGUACCGUGUGGGAGACUCUGAUGCAGCACUGCCCAAAGCCUGGGUUCGAGCCCUGGGUCUGGGUGUCUCUCUCUCUCAAUGGGUUCAUAAUGUGCUGUGUAAGAGACACUGAGAGCCUGGGUUCGAGCCCUGGGUCUGGGUGUCUCUCUCUCUCUCUGGGUUCAUAAUGUACCGUGUGGGAGACUCUGAUGCAGUACUGCCCAGAGCCUGAGUUCGAGCCCUGGGUCUGGGGGUGUCUCCCUCUCUCGCUCUCUAACACGCACGUGCGCGUGUGCCGAAUGCCUCGCGCGCCUGACGUGGUGCGAUGAUGGGCUCCACAGAUUUGUCCGACUCGGAGUCAGCGAUGGUGAAAAUCACGGGAGCGGCUGUGACCAUAGCAGUGUUGAUGAUCACAGCGGGCACGUCACGCGCGGCACAAUUCUUCCUCUCGGCGCGCGCGCUGCCGUGGAGCGUGGCCGCGCGCUACUGCCACGCGCACGGGGGCCACCUCGCGACCGUGGGGGACGCGCGGCUCAACGCGCGCCUCGCGCACGCCGCCACCCACCACCACCAGGCCCCUCCCCCCCUCCACCACCACCACGCCCCCUCCCACGCCCCUCCCCCCCACCACCACCACCACCACCCCUCCUUCUGGCUGGGACUGCGGCGUGACGCGGCGGGCGUCUGGCGGUGGCUCGAGAGCGGCUCGCCGGCCCCGUUCCUGCCCUGGGCGCCCGGGGAGCCCAACGGCAGGAAACGCGACGAGGAGUGCGUGGAGCUCUACGUGGGGGCGGGAGGAGGCGGCGGAGGAGGCGGGGAUGAGAGGCACGGGCGCUGGAACGACGAUGGCUGUCGACGCAAGAAGAGGGCGCUGUGCUACAGAGACCAGGCGCUAGCGUCACGUGGCUCUCCGGCUCCAGGCCAAGAAAGUCCGAUCCAGGUUUUGAUCGACGACGCUCCGGGCCUGCCGCGAUCCGGGGGCCGCUCCACGGCGACUCCGCUCCGCGCUUUGCCGACCGCAGCCCCAGAAGUCUGGUCAACAGCCGCUCCACCCCGGUUGACGACGAAACCUGUCGCGCUGUCAACAGUUGCUCCAGUCCAGUCAACAGCUGAUCCAGCCCAGUUUGAACAAAGUCCAGCCCAGUCAACAGCUGAUCCAGUCCGAUCAACAGUUGCUCCAGUCCAGUUUGAACAAAGUCCAGCCCAGUCAACAGCUGAUCCAGUCCGGCCAACAGUUGCUCCAAUCCGUUCAACAAUUGCUCCAGUCCAGUCAACAGAUGAUCCAGCCCAGUUUGAACAAAAUCCAGCCCAGUUUGAACAAAGUCCAGCCCGGUCAACAGCUUAUCCAGUCCGGUCAACAGUUGCUCCAAUCCGUUCAACAAUUGCUCCAGCCCAGUCAACAGCUGAUCCAGCCCAGUUUGAACAAAGUCCAGCCCAGUCAACAGCUGAUCCAGUCCGGUCAACGGUUGUUCCAAUCCGUUCAACAAUUGCUCCAGCCCAGUCAACAGACGAUCCAGCCCAGUUUGAACAAAGUCCAGCCCAGUCAACAGCUGAUCCAGUCCGGUCAACGGUUGCUCCAAUCCGUUCAACAAUUCCUCCAGUCCAGUCAACAAUUGCUCCAGUCCAGUCAACAUCCGAUGCUCCACUCCAGUUUGAACAAAGUCCAGUCCCGUCGCAGAGAGAUCCGUUUCUGUCAACGGCCGCGCCGGUCCAUUGGAAACCAACUCCGGUCCGGCCAACACCGACGGAGGCCUCAGCCCCGCGGGGGCGUCCCGGUGCACGCCGGAAGACCCGAGUGGAGGUCCAGGAGCCGGAGUUCCCGGUGCCGCGGCCGAGAGGAGGUGGAGGCGAAGAUGGUGACGAGGUGGCUGGUGGCGGGAGGGUGGCGGCCGUAGUCGCACUGGGAGGUGUCAGCCUGACGUCGGGGGCCUGGCUGAUCACGUUCGCUCUCAAGCGGCGCAAGUCCGGCUCCUUCUUCUUGCAGCACAAUCAAACGCGGUGACGUCAACACUUCUGAGAAUUCCGAUUUCGAACGAAAAAAAAAGUUAUUUCGCAGAGAGAGAGAGCGAAAGAGAGAAGGAGAGAGGGAGAGUCUAAUUAUAGCGGUUAACGUAUUAGAGGGAGAGUCUAAUUAUAGCGGUUAACGUAUUGACACUGCAACGCUGCAACGCCUCGCUCGUUCACUCACUCACUCACCCGUGCCCCGCCUUUCCCACUGGUGAACCGAACCGUGCCAGGGCUGGCCCCCUGGCACGACACACACACGGGUGGUGGUGGUGGUGGUUGCUUUGUUAUUUUUUUUUCCACUGCGGCCGCUUGCCGAACCGAGCUGGUACUCGUCCAAACGGCGCAGCCCACGCGCGUCUCCGCUUGGCCACCGCGCGUGGUGACGUCGGCACGGCACGGCUCGGCUUGCGCAGUGGAAAAACGACAACAACAACAACCCGAGCCAUGGCGGGGCCGGCUCAUCGCGUGCACGGCUCUGAGUCUCAAGACGCGGUCAGGAGGCUGCUGCCACUGCCGCGGCAUUGACGAUGCUUGGCCAUGAGACGUUGGGAAGCCGGAGGAUCCCAGAGAACCCUGGGAGGACCCCCGGAGGACCCCCGAAGGACUCCCGGAAGACUCCCAGAGAACCCCCAGAGACCCCCACACAACCCCCACAGAACCCCCAAAGAUCCCCCACAG